UCUAUGGCUAUUAAUUGAUUUGUAAAAUACAUCUUAUAACGUAAGAACCUCACUCCACCACGGGAGUUGUUAAACCUGUGUAUGUGAUCGUGUAAUGAAAGUGCGCUAGAAACAUGCGCAGAGGUAAAAUUUUGUGCAUGCGCAUACGCCGUUAGUACGGGGCACGGUCCAUACGAAUCAGAGACCAUUCCGGUCGCUCUUCUUCACUUGGCCGGUUAAAAUGUUGAACGUCGUAUCGAAAGCAGCUGCUGGCGCUUUAAGGGCCGUCAAACCCACUCUUCUUCAAAAUGAAGUUGCUAGAAUCUCCGGGGCAUUAUCAGUAAAUAGCAGAGAUUAUGCAAAAGCUGCGGGAUCCAAGGCUGGUGCACAAGGAAAAGUUGUUGCUGUCAUUGGUGCAGUUGUUGAUGUACAAUUUGAUGAUGAUCUCCCUCCAAUUCUUAAUGCCUUGGAAGUUCAAAAUCGUACCCCCAGGCUGGUACUUGAAGUAGCUCAGCAUUUGGGAGAGAACACAGUGCGCACUAUUGCUAUGGAUGGUACUGAAGGUCUGGUUCGUGGACAAACUGUCCUGGAUUCUGGAUAUCCAAUUCGUAUUCCAGUUGGUGCUGAGACACUGGGUCGCAUUAUUAAUGUUAUUGGUGAACCAAUUGAUGAACGUGGACCUAUUCCUACUGACAAACUUGCUGCCAUCCAUGCAGAUGCUCCUGAAUUUGUAGAAAUGUCUGUCGAACAGGAGAUUUUAGUAACUGGAAUAAAAGUCGUAGAUCUUCUUGCUCCUUAUGCUAAGGGAGGAAAAAUUGGUUUGUUUGGCGGUGCCGGAGUUGGGAAAACUGUAUUGAUUAUGGAACUGAUUAAUAAUGUAGCAAAGGCCCAUGGCGGUUAUUCCGUGUUUGCCGGUGUAGGUGAACGAACCCGUGAAGGCAAUGAUUUGUAUCAUGAAAUGAUUGAAUCUGGUGUCAUUUCAUUGAAAGAUAAAACCUCCAAAGUAGCUCUGGUAUAUGGUCAAAUGAACGAACCGCCAGGCGCUCGUGCUCGUGUUGCUUUAACUGGUUUAACCGUUGCCGAAUACUUCCGAGAUCAAGAAGGACAAGAUGUAUUAUUGUUCAUUGAUAACAUCUUCCGGUUUACUCAAGCUGGUUCUGAAGUGUCGGCCUUGUUAGGUCGUAUUCCAUCUGCUGUAGGUUAUCAGCCAACAUUGGCAACUGAUAUGGGUAGCAUGCAGGAGCGUAUUACGACAACAAGAAAAGGAUCUAUCACAUCUGUACAGGCUAUUUAUGUACCUGCUGAUGAUUUGACAGAUCCUGCUCCAGCAACAACUUUUGCUCACUUGGACGCUACGACUGUAUUGUCUCGAGCUAUUGCCGAAUUGGGUAUCUAUCCCGCUGUCGAUCCACUCGACUCCACUUCUCGUAUCAUGGACCCUAACAUUAUCGGCGCUGAACAUUAUAGUGUUGCUCGCGGUGUGCAAAAAAUCUUACAAGAUUAUAAAUCGCUUCAAGAUAUUAUUGCCAUCUUAGGUAUGGAUGAAUUAUCGGAAGAAGAUAAACUGACAGUAGCGCGUGCUCGUAAGAUCCAAAGGUUCUUGUCUCAACCAUUCCAGGUUGCUGAAGUGUUCACUGGUCAUCCCGGCAAAUUAGUACCGCUAGAAGAAACUAUUAAAGGAUUCAAGAAAAUCCUUGGUGGAGAGUAUGAUCAUUUACCAGAAGUCGCGUUCUACAUGGUUGGACCGAUUGAAGAAGUAGUAGCGAAAGCAGAAUCGUUGGCAAAAUAAUAAACUUGAUUCACAGUCAUCAUAAUCAUGUCAUUAAGAAGUAAUUAAAACGAUCUUCUAAUAAUA